AUGGCGACGAGUGACGAGUUAGGGCCCUUGGCGCAAUUAUGCCAUCGGACAACCGGGUUCAAGGACACAGCCGGGGUGAAGGACGCAGCCGGCAAAGGGAUCAACUUGACCCUGUAUGAUGGCAAGUUGUUUACCCCGCACGGAGUCGAAUAUUUGGACAAAGUCAAGUCGGUGAAGAUACGGCCCGACGAUAUCAUCCUUUCCGGAUAUGUGAAAACGGGCUGCCAUUGGGUCUGGGAAACCCUGGGGAUGAUACUCAAAGGCAAGGGAGAGUACUCACCAUUCUGUAAACAGAUUGCCUACCUGGAGAUGGCCGCCCCUGAGCUCUACGACAACUUGGACUCUCCGCGCAUCCUCAACACGCACCACGAAUAUGAUUAUCUCCCUGAUGAGGUCAAGGAGAAGAAAACAAAGAUCGUGCUGACAACAAGGAACCCCAAAGAUACAGCGGUGUCCCUGUACAACCAUCAGAUCAACCUGUACGAGGUGUACAACUACGACGGCCAGUUCCAAGACUGGUUCCCCCUGUUCCUGGACGGCAAAGUUGAUAACGGAAGCUUCUUUGAUUACUACGUGUCAUGGGAGAGAGCCAUCAAUGAACAUCCUGAUCAUCCCAUUCUUGUGGUGAAAUACGAGGACAUGAAGAAGGAUCUAAAAUCGACAAUCAGAAAGUUGGCAGACUUUGUCAACGUGACCCUGUCCAACGACCAAGUGGAUGAGAUUGCCAAGAAGGCCGAGUUCAGCUCCAUGAAGCAGAAGUUCAAGGGACUUUCCACAGAAAAACUCAUCAGAAAAGGUGAAGUUGGUGACUGGAAGACAACUGGCUGA